CGUCGCCGGCGCCCGGGAUGAGGAUGACGUGAGGGGAGAGCCGCGAACAUCCAUCCUGUCCGGGCGGGCGCCGCGGGGCCGGCCGCGAGGAGCCGCGCCCGUCCGAGCCGCUCUCCGCUCGACCCCCGCCCCGCCGCCCCCCGCCCCCGUCUGCCCUCGUCCUCCUCCCGGGCCGGGCCGCCUCCCGCGCGGCCCCCGCGGCUCCUGGCACGGCCCCGCGCUCGGCUGCCGCCCUGGCGCGCUCCAGUCUGUCGUCCCCGGACGGGCGCGGAGCGGCGCGGCCCGGCCGCCGGCGGCUGGGGAGGGGGCGCUGGCCCCGGGGCCGCGCCGGCGCCGCCACCAACCUGGGGCUGUCGGUGGAGGGCGAGUGCUGGCUCCGCGGGGAGGCGACGCCCUUCGGGGCCAACGGGCCGCGCGCCGCCGAGGCGGCGGCCGGGGGAACCACGCACCCCUUCUCGGGGCCGGGGUCGGGGUCGGGGGGAGCCCCGCCGCCGUCCCCCGGCCUGCCCCCGUCGUGGGCCGCGAUGAUGGCGGCCCUGUACCCGAGCACCGACCUGCCGGGCGUCCCCUCCUCCUCCCCGCCGCCCUCCCCAUCCGCGUCGCCCCACGAGGUGAUGGCGCUGAAGGAUGUGCGGGAGGUGAAGGAGGAGAACACCCUCAACGAGAAGCUCUUCCUGCUGGCGUGCGACAAGGGUGACUACUAUAUGGUUAAAAAGAUUUUGGAGGAAAACAGUUCAGGGGACUUGAACAUAAAUUGCGUAGAUGUGCUUGGGAGGAAUGCUGUUACCAUAACUAUUGAGAACGAAAACUUGGAUAUACUGCAGCUUCUUUUGGACUACGGUUGUCAGUCCGCAGAUGCACUUUUGGUGGCAAUCGACUCUGAAGUAGUGGGAGCUGUUGAUAUACUACUAAGUCAUCGAUCAAAACCAUCAUCAAGACCAACUAUAGUAAAACUAAUGGAACGAAUUCAGAACCCUGAGUAUUCAACAACCAUGGACGUUGCACCUGUCAUUUUAGCUGCUCAUCGUAACAACUAUGAGAUCCUUACGAUGCUGUUAAAGCAGGAUGUGUCUCUGCCCAAGCCCCACGCCGUCGGCUGCGAGUGCACGUUGUGUUCUGCGAAAAACAAAAAGGACAGUCUCCGGCAUUCCAGGUUUCGUCUCGAUAUAUACAGAUGUUUGGCCAGUCCAGCUCUGAUAAUGCUAACAGAAGAAGACCCCAUUCUGAGAGCAUUUGAGCUGAGUGCUGACUUGAAGGAACUCAGUCUUGUGGAGGUGGAAUUCAGGAAUGAUUAUGAGGAACUAGCCCGACAGUGCAAAAUGUUUGCUAAAGAUUUGCUUGCACAAGCCCGGAAUUCUCGUGAAUUGGAAGUCAUCCUAAACCACACAUCUAGUGAUGAACCUCUUGAUAAACGGGGCCUGCUAGAAGAAAGAAUGAAUUUAAGCCGUCUAAAACUGGCUAUCAAAUAUAACCAAAAGGAGUUUGUCUCCCAGUCUAACUGCCAGCAGUUCCUGAACACAGUUUGGUUUGGGCAGAUGUCGGGUUAUCGCCGUAAGCCCACCUGUAAGAAGAUAAUGACUGUCUUGAUGGUUGGCAUCUUUUGGCCAGUUUUAUCACUGUGCUAUUUGAUAGCUCCCAAAUCUCAAUUUGGAAGAAUUAUUCACACUCCCUUUAUGAAAUUUAUUAUUCAUGGAGCCUCAUACUUCACAUUCCUGCUGUUACUAAAUCUGUACUCUCUUGUCUACAAUGAGGAUAAGAAAAACACAAUGGGGCCAGCCCUGGAAAGAAUAGACUACCUUCUUAUCCUGUGGAUUAUUGGGAUGAUUUGGUCAGACAUUAAAAGACUUUGGUAUGAAGGGUUGGAAGACUUUCUAGAAGAAUCUCGGAAUCAGCUGAGCUUUGUCAUGAAUUCCCUCUAUUUGGCAACCUUCGCUCUCAAGGUGGUUGCUCACAACAAGUUCCAUGACUCUGCGGAUCGCAAGGACUGGGAUGCCUUCCAUCCAACCCUGGUGGCAGAAGGGCUGUUUGCCUUCGCGAACGUGCUGAGUUACCUCCGCCUCUUUUUUAUGUAUACCACCAGCUCUGUCCUGGGCCCAUUACAGAUUUCUAUGGGACAAAUGUUGCAAGAUUUUGGAAAAUUUCUUGGGAUGUUCCUUCUUGUUUUGUUUUCCUUCACAAUUGGACUGACCCAACUCUAUGAUAAAGGCUAUACUCCAAAAGAGCAGAAGGACUGUGUGGGCAUCUUUUGUGAACAGCAGAGCAAUGAUACUUUCCAUUCGUUCAUUGGCACUUGCUUUGCUCUGUUCUGGUAUAUUUUCUCCUUGGCACACGUGGCGAUCUUUGUCACAAGGUUUAGCUAUGGAGAAGAAUUGCAGUCCUUCGUUGGAGCCGUGAUUGUUGGCACCUACAAUGUUGUGGUGGUCAUCGUUCUUACCAAGCUGCUGGUCGCCAUGCUUCACAAAAGCUUUCAGUUGAUAGCAAAUCACGAGGACAAGGAGUGGAAGUUCGCCCGAGCAAAGCUGUGGCUCAGCUACUUUGAUGACAAGUGCACCCUCCCGCCGCCCUUCAACAUCAUCCCUUCACCCAAGACCAUCUGCUACACCAUCAGCAGCCUCAGCAAGUGGAUCUGCUCUCACACCUCAAAAGGGAAGGUCAAACGGCAGAACAGCCUAAAGGAAUGGAGAAACUUGAAACAAAAGAGAGAUGAGAACUAUCAGAAGGUGAUGUGCUGCUUAGUGCACCGGUAUUUGACCUCCAUGAGACAGAGGAUGCAGAGCACAGAUCAGGCCACUGUGGAGAACCUAAAUGAGCUGCGCCAGGACCUGUCCAAGUUCCGGAACGAAAUCAGGGAUCUGCUUGGCUUUCGGACUUCUAAAUAUGCUAUGUUUUAUCCAAGAAACUAACCAUUUUUCUAAGUCUUGCUGAGAAUAAUUUUCAAGAGCAGAUUCAAAAGACUGGGUAUUUGCAUAACUAGCAAUUAAACUAAUAAGACAUAUAUUGAAAUAAACAAUUAUGUAAAAGCCAUUCUUCAAAAAUAUUUAUAGCAUAAAUAUAUGUUAUAUAAAAUAUGUAUACAGAAUUAGUUUUUUAAGAAAACCAUCUGUCAGCUUUUUGUAGGAGCAACACUAAUGAAUAGAUUUUUGUUAGCAUGCUGCUUAGUUUUCUCAAUUUGAACAGUGCUUUAUGAUGUCCUUAAUGUGUAAGAGGGGCAGUCAUAAUCGUACAGCUCAUCCACAAAAUUAAAUGAGGAUCAGCCAAGGUGAGCUAUCUCCCGCCAUAAGUUACACUUGAAAUAUAAGUCGUGGCUUUAAAAACCUCUGCUUUAGAAGUCCACAUAUAGUUCCAUAUUUAUUGUUUAGGAGUAUAAUUUUAUCUAAAAUAAUCAUCUAUUUUUUUUAUUUUGUUACAAUCUUAAGCAACAAAGAAGAAACCCUAAUUCAUAUUUGACUCUGUUUUUAUCAAUUUAAAUUCAUUUCAUUUUUGUGAUUGUAAUAUAUUUACUUUUACAUGGUUAUAAUCAUUUUAUAUUUCUAAUUUUGUUCUUUUUACUUAAUAGUAUUUUAUAUGUAUUUCCAUGUGUUGAUCUGGCCAGAUUAUUUAAACUUUUACAGAAUUAUGUCACUAAAAAAAUACAGUCAAUGGGCAUUUUUCUUUUUUUGGCCAUGAAGUAUUUGUUUACAUUUGUUUGCAUAGUCACUUCCCCUGCCCUUGCUUGCUUCUUUAUCAUAGUAGUUGUAUAAUCUUGUUCAAGUAGGAGUGAAAUCCAUAGUUGCAAAAUAGAAGAUGCUUCCUCACGAGUGGUACAGCCUCCUUGUUUGGUUUGGUAAGGCAUUGGGUGACCCUUUAAUACCUGAGCUAAGGUUCUUGGCCUUCUCUCCCGAAGCACUCCCCACAGAACUUAGCGUAGCUACUGCAAAAGUGACUUCAUGCUUACUUAUAGAUUGUUCUUGCUGCUUAAGGUGAAAAGCAUUGUUGUUGUUUUUAAGUUGAAUAUAAAGUACUUGUUUGGUUUGGUUUUGUUGGUGUUCAUGUAACCAUGUAGCUAAACUUCUUCGGGCUAUUGCUUACAUUUUCCUGCAGCAUUUCCAGCUAAAAAAAAGUCCAGAAUUAUCUUCUUAUCUCAAGGUUCUGCUCUUAGGACCAUGGGUGCAGGCAGCCCUUGGCCUAAGCACCUCUGACCCAGGGACCAUUGUGUAAAGAUGUGAGUGGUAUAUUCCAUCUUGCUUUUUACUCUUUAUUUUUUAAUUUCCAAAGUUUAAGUGUUCCCUCUUUUGGGCUAAUUCUUAUAAAAAUGUUUAUUGUAAAGUUAUAUAUUUUUGUCUACUAUGGGAUUAUACACUUCUCAACUGGGAUUUUACAUCAGGAUUUUUAGUCAUUCUAAAAAAUACCUACUUACUAGAUUACAAUAUUUUAGAGUGCCUAUUGUAUGCAUGAGUUAUUUAUGAGGUAUAUUUUGAAUGCCAGCAUAUUGUAAGAAAAAAGGUGAAUAAAAAAUGUGGCAUUAGAUUAUA